ACCACCACCCCCCUUCCCUUCCACUUCUCGACCCUCUCAAACCCUUCCUCUGUCCAAAUUUCUGCAACCUCAACCUGAUCACAAAUAACUCGCCCUCGAUAGGAGAACACUGGUUUGAUCCUCCUCGAUCGUCGCGAUUGCCGCUGCAGGAAGCAGUUCCCCCAAAUCCACCUCGCAUACGGACUUUAGCGGCCACCACGUAACCGUGCAGCACCACCACCCCCGAUCAGCUCACGACUACGCGACCAAACUGCACUAAGGAACGAUUAUCCAACAUCAGCGAAGCCCUUUAAAAUCUCGGUCCAGUCCCCGAUUUGCUUUGCCUUUCCCCUUUGGACCGCCUGCAUCCACUGCGUUGGCAGUGUCGCAAUUCUCGAUUUUCCUCGUUUCCUCAAUCGCAUUGCCCGUUUCUCCGCCCUCCCGUUGCGCCGCAAAAAAGUUCCCUGCACCCUAGCACACGGGUACUCCCAUCGCCCGCUGCAUUUGCCAGUCUCCUGGGCCAAUCGAAAAGUGUGGAGCUGCGUUCCGACUAGGAUUAUACCCUGGCCAUAAUCUUUGGUUACUAUUUCUCUGCGAAAUCUACCCUGGGCCUUGUUCGCCGCCUAGUUCGAACACGCGACUGCAUCUCUUUUUGGGGCUCUUCCCUGAACGCUGGGAUUGUUCCCGUCUAGGUGCAGCUGUCGACAGCCUCUUGACUCGCACGCUACUCGCCAUCAGCCCCCUCCUUUUGUCUCAUUACCGAGCAUAAGGCGCCGCAUCCUUCCCCCCUCUCUCCCUGGAUUCGCCCACUGGUUGCGCGAUCAAUUGGUUCAUUAUCGCAACGUUUCUCCCCCUCUCCCGUGCAGAGCGGCAGCUUUCCCCACGGACCGGCAGAUCGACAAGCAGAAAAGAGGGGUCGCAUUGGUCCCAUUGGGAGGAUUCGACAGGGAAUCAGCUUGGUUCCCAAAGAAGCAGCUCUGAGACUUACGGACCGGAACCCUGGACGUGGAGAUCAUCCUUCGAAGAGCGUGUGUGACGUCUAUCAGCAAGUGGCUACCGUCGGAGGAACUCCUCUGGGUCUAGAAAAGAAGAACGGGCAAGAAAAGAAAAGAAAUAAAGAAAAUAAAACCGAGAACCGUUGCACGGGGCCAGUGCCCUUUGCAAUUGUUAUCAGGGACUUUUUUUUCCUUUCUAUCUUGUCCUCUCUUUGAUUGUAUUUUCCCUCGAGUCACGCCUACCUCUUCCUCUCUCUCUCCCUCCCCCCUCGGCUUUUCUCCGUGAGGUGCUCUCCGGUAGAGCUCUCCGCAUUCCAUUCCAGCCAGGCCAAGAUGCAGAGUUCAAGAACGGAUCCUUUCUGCUGAGGACGUGGCUGAACCCCCAUUCUUUGCUUACUGUGUCAGGCUAUUCCGUUUUCUUUUCUUCUUCUGGCUCGGAUCCCUUUCCCAACCUGGCCUCUUGCAACCUUUGAACGGCCCGGCUGGUCCCCUGCGCUGUUACCGAUUCGCCCUCUGACUGAGUCCAGGUGACUCGGAAGUUGGCACGGUUCACGAAAACCACUUAAACAUUGCACGUACCGACAGCUGAGCUGUCGGUCUGAUAACGGAUACCCGUCAUGGCUUACGCUACCGCGACCUCGCCUCCGGCCAUGGAUGCCGAUCCCCAAACCACCUUAAAACUCACCACAUCUCUGACUCGAUCCACCUCCCUACAUCAUGUCAUUACCUCUCUACCCCCUUCUGGUCCGACUCCUUCUUCAGCACCUUCGUUUACCUCCUCACCUACCUCUACUCCGGUCUCCAUCUACCCAGGCCCGGGUACACCGAAUGCCUUCACCCCAGCCGGUACUCCUCUUCAGCCUCCCAGUGACGGCCCUCGUGGUCGAAUUUAUCCUCUUCCUCUUCCCGCCCCGCUCGAACUUGGCGAAUCUAUGAUGGCAGUUCCCGAGACCAUCAAUCUCACCGGCAAUGGUGUUAACGACCCAUCCACGUCUAGCUCCAAAGCUCCAGGCUUGAUGCGGCGAAUCUCCCGGGGUGCCGCCAGCAAACUGACAAGGAGAAGACAAUCCGCCACGCAGAACGACAAACGAGACCGGAGCUCCGGUCCCGUUAUCCUGCGUCGAAGGAGUGACAGCAAGAACGGUGCCCAAACCGCCCGUGACAACGCGCUGGAAUCUAGCAACGAGGAUGACUCGAUUGAAGCUUUGGACGGACUCGGUGCUUGGGCUGGCUCAGAGCCAUCAAGUCUUCGUAGUGAAAGCCGUAUGAUGUCGGCUCGCGAACUGGUUUCCACUGCGGGUGGUGCUGUCGCUCCCAAGGUUGACUCGGCCGUACAGCGCGGAACCAUCUUGACUAAAGUGACGAAAAAGCAUCGCAAACAAGUUCGGUUCUUCUUGGAUCUGGACGCUGCAAAGGUCUUCUGGGACGUCUCAAAUCCCGCCAAGCGGUUUUACAUCGACGAUAUCAAGGAGAUCCGCGUUGGCGCAGAUGCCCGCAAUUACCGCGAGGAACAUCAGAUUCCCGAGGAUACCGAAGGUCGAUGGUUCACCAUUGUUAUCGCGGAAUCGGAACGCUUCAAGGGCCGCGCUUUCAAGACCUUGCACCUGAUUGCCCCCGAUGAUCACAUCCUGGAGUUGUGGACCACGACCCUGGAGCAUAUUUCUCGAUACCGGAUUGGCCUGAUGGCUGGUCUGGCAGCUUCGGGUCAGAGCGACGCUGUCCUCCAAGCUCAUUGGCAGCGCGAGAUGUCGAGGCUGUUCCCUCAAGGCCUUCGUCCCGGUGAGGUACAAAGUCUAGAUUUCACUGCGGUCGAGAGUGUUUGCCGCAGUCUGCAUAUCAACUGCUCUAAGAACAUGCUCCGAGCUCAAUUCUCCAAGGCUGACACUGGGCGCAAUGGCCGCUUGGACUUCUCUGAGUUCAAGGACUUUCUGACGCGACUGAAGGAGCGGAAGGACGUGAAGGAAAUCUACAAGAGUCGCGCGGAAGAUCACAAGUCUGGCCUGACCCAGGAAGAGUUCUUGAACUUUCUGCGCGACGUUCAAAAGGAGGAUGUUGAAGCUGAUCGUGCUCAUUGGGUUGCUUUGUUCGAGAAAUUUGUUAAGCGAUCAAGACAUCGUCCGUCCAACGCUUCCGACAUGUCCGACAUUGCCAUCCCUCCACCUUCUCGUAUGAAUCUCGAUACCUUCUCGGCUUUCUUGGCUUCCCCCAACAACGGAAUCUAUGCGUCCAAGGCCCCCCAGUCACGAUUUGAUCGUCCAUUGAACGAGUACUUCAUUUCCAGCUCUCACAACACUUACCUGCUGGGCCGCCAAGUCGCUGGGGCCUCGAGUACCGAGGCUUACAUUAGUGCGCUUCAGCAGGGAUGUCGCUGUGUGGAGAUCGACUGCUGGGAUGGUGCUGACGGACGUCCAAUCGUGUCUCAUGGACGAACCAUGACCACUAGCGUGCUCUUUGCGGAUUGUAUCACGGUCAUCAACCGAUACGCCUUUAUCUCUUGCGACUUUCCCCUGAUCCUUUCCCUUGAAGUGCACUGCAAUCCUGAGCAGCAGCUGGCAAUGGUCAAGAUCAUGAAGGAUACUUUCAAGGAGCAGCUUAUCCUGGAGCCUUUGAUGACCAACUGUUACAUUCUGCCGUCGCCCGAGGAGCUCAAGGGCCGUAUUUUGGUCAAGGUCAAGACUUGUGACGAGACUCCGCUGGACCCUCGCCAGGAUACGGUGAGCUCCGUCGGCACCCAUGGUCGCAAGCGCAGUGCCAGUUCGCCAUUUGUUCGCCCAACUCCUCCUCCCGACAUGACUCUUUCCAGCACUAUGCCCCUGCCACCGCUCUCAAGCCCACCCUCGAUUGGUUCCGUGGACGGAAUCGGUCCAUUGAUUUCCCAGGACAGACGGUCACUCACCGCGACCAGCAUGAGCAGCGCCACCGAAGACAGUGACGGCGCUUUGGUGUCCAUUCACAAUGAGAAGAAGAAGCGUCGUCGCCAGAAGAGCAAGAUCACUAAGCCCCUCUCGGACCUUGGUAUUUAUACUCGUGGCUACAAGUGGCACAGCUUCUCCUCCCCGGAGAGCAGGAAAUACAACCACGUGUACUCGUUCGCUGAACGCGCCUUUGAGAGUAUCUGCCAGAACCAUGACAACAAGGUCUCACUCGAGGCUCACAACCGGAAAUAUCUCACUCGUGUGUAUCCCUCCGGCUUUCGCCUUCGCUCUUCCAACUUCGACCCGAACAAGUUCUGGCGCCGCGGUGUACAGAUGGCUGCGCUCAAUUGGCAGACCUACGAUAUCGGUAUGCAGAUGAACCAGGCCAUGUUCGCGGCUGGAACCGAUCGUACCGGUUAUGUCCUCAAGCCUGAGAGCCUCCGUAUCCCACUGUCAGACUUCGGGGGCCCGAAGCGAAAGAUGGAGCGGAGACUGGUUCGAUUUGCGGUCGACGUGAUCUCAGCGCAGCAGCUUCCACGACCUCGCACUCUUGGUCCCGAGGACAGCAUCAACCCCUAUGUUGAGAUUGAGAUGUUCAGUGCUGAUGACCGCGGUCAGAGUCUGGUCUUUGGCGAGGGUGGCAUGGAUGCUUCUGCGCGAAAUGGCAUGUCUGGUAUCGGAUAUCCCCACCGCCGACGCACCAAGAUCGAGCCAAGCAAUGGCUACAGCCCUGUGUUCAAUGAUCGUUUCAAGCUUUCCUUGGAGACCAAGUAUCCCGAUCUGGUCUUUGUCCGAUGGACUGUCUGGAGCUCCCUGGAUGGCCGCAGCGCUGGCAACAGCAACAGCGUGCAACUGGCUACCUUCACGGCUAAGCUCACCAGUCUCUCUCAGGGUUAUCGUUACCUGCCUCUUUACGAUGGCAGCGGUGACCAGUACCUGUUCUCGACCCUGUUCUGCCGCAUCUCCAAGGAGGACCCCGUUCCCGUUCAGCGUCUGGAUUUGGAGGAACUCCGUGCCGAGCGCAUGGGCAUCUUCCGCCAGAUUGGCCAGUCUGUCUUCAAGCGUUCAUCGUCUACUGACCGUGAAAAGGAUCAAUCUGCGGAUCGCCGUGAUCCCGUCAGUCCUGAGGAUAAGGAUAGCUCUCCAAACCUCACCCCGACCGUCUCCACAACCUCCAACUCUUCAUUCCUGCAAUGAAUGGUUUUCUCCUCCCCUCCUCCCCACGGUCGGUUUCCUCGUCACAUCUACACUCAUCAUCUACCUCCCAAUGUCGACUUUUGCAAGGUCGCCCGUGCGUCUUCUUGUACUCGAUGACAUUCUCUCCCAUCACAUCUCUGCCUGUUUAGUUUGCAUGUUACUACCAUUGCUAUACCCGUCGCAGCGAUACCCCCAAUGUUUUAUUUUGUGUAUAUUCUAGUGCUGUUUGUAUCUGCGCCCGUUUCUUUUGUGACAAUUCUUCUUUGUACUAGCUUGGUAUCCCAUAUGGCAGGGUGUUCCUAUGUAUUGUUUUUUUUUCUAGUUUGUUUUCUGCUCCUAUCCCUGUCGUCAUUUCUUGUCGGGGCACGGAGAACUUUUGUGGACUUCGGGCGAACAGCCACCCACCACUUAUCAACUACAUCGCAUUUGCGGGAGUCAUCACUUGGGAAAGAUCACUUCAUAUCACUCAUCUCAUUUCGUGGCUGGUUCACCGGAGUAACGCACAUCUCUCACUCAUCAUUUGGGCAUCUCAUCUUCAUGGUAUGGUCGGGAAUGCAGGGUUUCGUCCCUCCGGGCAUAUUUCGCAUUAUGUUGGCAAUCGGGAAGAUUAACCGGGAGGCGCCCUAUCAAAUUGUUUCUUUCUGUCUGGUCUUGUCUUGUGCUUCUUCUUUUCUUGAGGAAUCUUAUCACUCAUUCGAGGAUUACCACCUUCAUUUCUCUGGGUGCUGGAUCUCGCCCUUGCUAUCCUUCCGUCGGUCUUUUGAUUCUUCUUUGUUGAACUUUUCCAUUCCUCCCUGUCAUUCAUACUGUGUUUUUAAUAGAUGACGCGCUGGGUCGCAUGGAAUACUUGCGGGCUCUGAUCCUGCUUGCUUCUUUUUUCUGGUCUGCAUUCGAACGGUCGUCUAGGUAUAGAUCAAUCUCAGCAUUGUCUCUUUUUUUUUUUUUU